AUGCCCAGAGUCAAGAGGACUCGGAGAAAGACUCCAAUCGUCCUCCCAGAGACGACCAGAACAUCUUCGAGUACCCCUCAAUCAAGUAGAACCGUCAUUCGCCGUUUUCACGUUCUCCUUAAAAAGCGGUCUCAAAUUCUCAACACACCCACAGGGGACGCCAACACAGCGGAGGCGUUGGCCAGCGUCCAGCAUCAGAUAUCCGAUCUCGGAGAUCUGAAAUGCUAUCAGAGAAUGUCUGCUGUAGGGCAGAGCGGCGAUCGUGGUGGUGGAAGUGAAAAAGUAUUGAUCCGUUGGUUGAAGGAGCUCAAGGUCAACAGCCUGAGCUUGAAAGAGAUAAAAGUGAGGCUUCUCGAAGUUGGAGCGCUCAAGCCAGAUAAUUACAAAUCUUGUUCUGCGUGGAUUGAGUGCACACCGAUUGACUUGCGUUCACGCCACCCGUCAAUUCGAGAACAGGAUUUUCUUCUCAUGUCUGAGGAGCACCGCAGCGCAUGGGAUGUCAUAAGCCUGAGUUUGGUAUUGAAUUUUGUUCCAGAACCUAACGAUCGAGGUCGCAUGUUACAACUUGCUCACCGGAUGCUCGCUCCCGGCGGCUACCUGUUUCUUGCGCUUCCCUUGCCCUGCCUUCUGAAUUCACGGUACCUGACAUUUGAACAUUUCAGAGGUCUUAUGAAUCACCUUCAUUUCACGGAAAUCUACGAAAAAUGGCGACAAGGUGGGAAGAUGGUUUACUGGUUGUAUCGUAAAGAGGACCUUGCGCCAUCAGGACAUCAUCUUUUUUACAAGAAAACCGUUCUUCGCCAAGGCCAACGCAAUAACUUCUCCAUUCUUCUCAAGGAACCAGAUGUGUUCACGUUCCAAUCAAUAUCACUACUAAGUAAUCCAAAUUGAGUUAUC